UCGCUGAGGCGGGUAGUGUGGCUCUGGCGAUGGCUGCGUGUGGGCGUGCGGUGGCGCUGCUGCUGCUGGCGGCGGGCGCGUCGGCUGCCCAAGGGAGAGACGCGCCGACGGAACCGCUCUUGGCCGCGCUGAUAAGACUGCAGGCAGCUCUCGACGACGUCCCCAGCUGCGAAUUCAAGACGAAGGAUCUCUGGACGGACAUCGAGAAGCGACAGCAGAGGCUGGAGAAGCUACAGGAAGGAAUAUUUCAGAAGAUGAAUGACAUCGCCCGCCUCGAGCUGGAGUAUCCUUCGGCUACAGAGUGCCAGGAUCCCUUCCAGUGGAUGGCUGGCGGCUGUUACUACCACUCGGGCAAGGAGAGGGCCACGUGGGCGGAGGCACGCUUUGCCUGUGGGCGGAUGGGCGCCGACCUCGCCCACCCCACAGACAACUGGUCCUUGAAAGACUACACGAGACAAAUCUCCUCGUCAGGCUACGGCUACUACUUCGUCGGCGGGCGCGUGGACAACAGCUCCGGCUUCCACGACUGGCGCUGGGUGGAUGGGCGGCCCGUGUCCAUCGAGCACCGCAUGUACUCGCAGCCGCCGGGCCUGGGCGAGUGCCUGGUCGUCGACGGGGCUGGCACUCACAGCAUGAAGGCCAAGAGCUGCGACGAGUACAGACGGUGGUACAUUUGCGAGGUGAAGGUGAGGUCGGGGUGAGGGGAAUCGGACGAGGGUUGAAGGGAGGUUGAAGGGUUCAGUUGGAUGUGAAGUUUUUUUUUUUUUUUUUUUUCUUUUUUUUUUC